UCCAGUCUCUCUCUACCUAUCUACCUGUCUGAAUCAAUAUUUUUAUACAUAUUCUCAGAUUUGUUUUCCUAUAUAAAUUGGAGUGACAUAUUCUCUUAAACCAAUCAAACUAAAGAAAGAAAAACAGAACAAAAAUGGCAAGCUCUGAAUCUCUCUUGCCGGUCAGCUCUCAACAAGAUCCAUUAUCUGAUUCAAGACGCGACUCUAUCCCGGAGAGCCGGAGAAGAAGACCUAUCAAAGUUCAUCUCGCCAUCUAUUCUGGUUUUCUGUUGAUCGCUUUAUACGUUACUCUCGUCAUUACACACGGCGGAUCCGCACCCAAAAAUGAUGUCAAUGAUGACACGACGGUGGAGUCACGUGCUCGUUUGGCCGGCGUGUCGGAAAAGAGCAACGACCAUAUUUGGAAUCUUUCCAAUGAUCUGAAAGGAGAAGCGUUUGCCUGGAACAAUACUGUGUUGUCGUGGCAACGAACUGCGUUUCAUUUCCAACCUGAGAAAAAUUGGAUGAACGAUCCUAAUGGUCCGUUGUUUUAUAAGGGAUGGUACCAUUUCUUCUAUCAAUACAACCCAAAUGGAGCCGUGUGGGGUGACAUUUUUUGGGGUCACGCUGUAUCAAAGGAUCUUAUCCACUGGCUUUACCUCCCAUUUGCCAUGGUUCCUGACCAGUGGUACGAUGCUAACGGCGUUUGGACCGGUUCGGCUACUUUCCUUGAUGAUGGUUCUAUUGUCAUGCUCUACACUGGUUCCACCGACAAAUUUGUACAAGUUCAAAACCUUGCCUAUCCUGAAGACCCUAAAGAUCCACUUUUGUUGAAAUGGACCAAGUUCUCCGGCAACCCGGUUCUUGUACCACCUCCAGGUAUCGGUGCUAAGGACUUCCGUGACCCAACAACUGCAUGGAAGACAUCAGACGGGAAAUGGCGGAUCACUAUUGGCUCCAAAAUCAACAGAACCGGAAUAUCUCUUAUUUACGAUACAACAGAUUUCAAGACCUACGAGAAGCAUGAGACCUUGUUGCACCAAGUCCCAAACACUGGAAUGUGGGAGUGCGUUGACUUUUAUCCAGUGUCCAAGACUAAAGACAAGGGUCUUGACACUUCGGUCAAUGGACCGGAUGUUAAGCAUAUCAUUAAGGCUAGCAUGGACGAUACUAGAAUUGACCAUUAUGCCAUUGGGACAUACUAUGACUCUAAUGCAACAUGGGUCCCCGAUAAUCCUUCAAUCGAUGUCGGGAUUAGUACCGGUUUGAGAUAUGAUUACGGUAAAUUUUAUGCAUCCAAGACGUUUUAUGAUCAACAUAAGGGACGAAGAAUCUUGUGGGGUUGGAUCGGUGAAUCUGAUAGCGAAGCAGCUGAUGUACAGAAGGGUUGGUCUUCUGUUCAGGGGAUCCCGAGAAUUGUUGCAUUGGACACAAAGACAGGGAAGAACUUAGUCCAAUGGCCAGUUAAGGAAAUUGAGUCUCUGAGAUUAAGAAGCAAGAAGUUCCACAUGAAAGUUGAACCAGGGACAGUGGUUCCGGUUGAUGUAGGCCCCGCCGCUCAGCUAGACAUAGAGGCUGAGUUCAAGAUCAAGAAGGAAGAUCUCGAAGUAGUCUUUGCAGAUGACUCCGUGGAGGACGACAAGGAGUUCAGCUGUGAAACAAGCGGUGGAGCCACCGUACGUGGGGCUUUAGGACCUUUCGGAUUCUCGGUUCUUGCUGACCAAAGCUUGUCAGAACAAACUCAGGUUUACUUCUAUGUGACUAAGGGAAAAGAUUCGAAACUCAAAACGUUCUUCUGCACUGACACGUCAAGGUCGACCAUGGCAAAUGAUGUUGUGAAACCGGUAUAUGGAAGCUUCGUACCGGUUCUAAAAGGAGAGAAAUUGACCAUGAGAAUCUUGGUGGAUCAUUCGAUAAUAGAGGGGUUUGGACAAGGUGGAAGAACAUGUAUUACCUCAAGGGUUUAUCCAACAAAGGCCAUCUACGGAGCUACAAGGCUUUUCUUGUUCAACAAUGCUAAUGAUGCGGCUAUUACGGCGUCGUUUAAGGUGUGGCAAAUGAACAGUGCUUUUAUUCAUCCUUUCUCUGCGGACGAUUUGGGUGUUCCUUCUAGCACCUGAUGAUUGUUAAUUAUCAACAAAUAAGAAGGGGCUAUUAUCCUGUUUGAGUCAUUUGAAUUGGUGUUAUAUAAUUGGUUUGUUUUUGAUCUGUCAUCUGUGUGAUCAGUAUUGAUUCAUUAUGUGAGUGAAGAGAAGAAAAAUGAAAUUAAUUUCUAAAAUUUUUGUAAAGGAAGUUGGAGUUCGUUUA